UCAAAAAUAAUCCCGACAGAGGAGGGAGAGAGAUGGAUAAACAAACAAAAAAUCAAGCAACACAGAUUAACUACAGCUUUCUUUGGUUAAGACCCAUUCAAAAAAGUUCAAUUUUUGGACUGCCCAGCUUUCCUCCGAAUUGGUGGAAUUUCAUUAAUUGCUUCAGUUCCAAAUAUAUUUACUUAAUUUUCGUGUGGAGUUUGAUUUGAUUGAAUAAAUAUGUGCAUUCUUUGGGAUUGAUCUGCGCAUGGGAAGGAGAAGCGGCAGAAGAUCCAAAAAUUAGGUUAAAUGUCAUUGCAUCAUCGUGUAACAUGUGUUUGCUUUAUAUUCAGUCUUGAAUCACUAGUUUGACUAGAGCGACGGAGAUUCCUCUGUGUUUGAGGAUUCGAUGCCUGUGCGAGCUUUUUAGAAUAUCAGGAAUUUAGUGAGAGGGAGGGAGGGGUUUGGGGAUUCAACAUUGGUGAAGAUGGAAUCGAAAAUGGAUCAGUAUGAGUUAAUGGAGCAGAUUGGGCGUGGAGCUUUUGGUGCUGCCAUUUUAGUCAAUCACAAAUUGGAACGGAAAAAGUAUGUGCUCAAGAAGAUUCGGUUGGCUCGGCAAACGGAGCGUUGCCGGAGAUCAGCUCAUCAAGAGAUGGCAUUAAUUGCACGGAUACAACAUCCGUACAUUGUUGAGUUCAAGGAAGCUUGGGUAGAGAAGGGUUGUUAUGUCUGCAUUGUUACUGGCUACUGUGAGGGCGGUGACAUGGCUGAGAUGAUGAAAAAAGCCAACGGGCAGUACUUCCCGGAGGAGAAACUGUUGAAGUGGUUUGCUCAACUAUUAUUGGCUGUUGAGUAUCUGCACUCCAACUAUGUUCUGCACCGGGAUCUCAAAUGCUCAAAUAUCUUUCUUACCAAAGAUCAAGGUGUCCGUUUAGGUGAUUUCGGGCUUGCCAAAACAUUGAAGGCAGAUGACUUGGCUUCUUCAGUAGUUGGAACUCCCAAUUACAUGUGCCCUGAACUUCUGGCUGACAUUCCAUAUGGAUUUAAGUCUGACAUAUGGUCUCUUGGUUGCUGUAUGUAUGAAAUGGCUGCUCAUCGUCCUGCUUUCAAGGCUUUUGAUAUGGCUGGACUAAUAAGCAAGAUCAAUCGAUCAUCUAUCGGCCCAUUGCCUCCUUGCUACUCUCCAUCUUUGAAGACGCUUAUCAAGAGCAUGCUAAGAAAAAACCCGGAACAUCGGUCAAGUGCAUCAGAACUACUGAAGCACCCAUAUCUUCAGCCUUACGUGGAUCAAUAUCGCCCAUCCUAUAAACCGAUUGCUGCAAUUACACCUCCUCCCACUGGUCGCAUAAGUCGAAGGAACAUGGCCGAGAGCCAAAGUAGCAGCAGUUCAUGCAGUGACAGGGACAGCUUAGUCUCAAGCGAGAAGAACAUAGUGAACCGUGGCCAUAAGGCCCCUGAGGUGGAGUCGGCUUCAGUUGAUGAAGACGUCACACAAGUUUUGGACUCGUCGCCUGUUAAUGCCAAGGAACAUGUUGUCGACGAGCCACUGCUUGAGGAGCAGAGAAAGAGCAAUGAAGCAAAGCAGCCCAAAACAAUAAAAAAUAUAAUGAUAGCUCUUAAGGAAGGAAAAAAGAGAGAAAAUAUUUCUCCACAUAGAAGCCACCACUCGAGACCAGGCAGUGGUAGCAGCCAGAGAAUGAUUAUUGAAGCAUCUCCAAGAGUCACGAAACAACCAAAUCUCGUUAAUUAUGCUCCCAAGGGCAAUGCAGAAGCACCAUCAAAGAAGAACGUCGAUUCCAAUAAGCGAGUUCAAGGAACACCUUCCUUGAAGCAUCAGCUACCUGCUGAUGAAACCCCUCCGAAGACAAAGGCUAGACAUGAAGGUAUCCCUCCCUCUGGUCAAGUAAAGCUCAUUGCUGAAGAAGGAUUAUCAACAAGGAUGAGACAGAAAACACCUCCUGCCCUGUCCAGGAGGCCAUCAUUUCCUGUACGCAUCCGGCAAACAGCGGGUGAUGUUCCGAAUUGUAUAAAUGAUAACUCGAAGACCGGUCCUAAUGAUGUUCAAGAUGCUGAAAUCACGAAAUCAGUGCCUUAUGGCUGCGCUGCACAUAUUUCUAGGGGAAACACGCUGCACUUGGAAAGGUCUUUAUCUGCAGGUUCUAGGAGAAUGCAGACAGAGAGCAGCAACUCCGCUUCGUCUUCAGUGUCUAUCCAAGGUUUCGAGCUCUCCGAUGAUGCAACGAAUGCGUUUAUUAGCUCACCUGAAGAGUUGCUUCAGAUUCCCGAGCAAGCUGCCAUAUAUGAAAUUAUUGACUCUCCUUUUCCCCCAGGAAGGACAGGAAAUUGCUUCAGGGAGCAUCAUGAAGCUAACUGCCAAACUAGAAUGCAGCAAGCCGUUGAAGUUAAAAUAAACGAGUCUAGACCCAGCUGUUCGACUCGUUCCUCGUCUCAAUCUGAAGGAGUAGAAAUUUUUUCACCUGGAUGUCGCGGGAGUAACUAUGCAUCAGCAGUAUGCUUCUCUGGAAAACUACAAGAACGAUCAGAUGAUAAAUUUAUGAAUGUCAAAAGAGCUUCUGAUGAGAGAACGAGCCUUACUGCGAAUAUGGAGAUCUCGUUUUGCAUCACUGAAGAUACACCUUUGAGUGGAGAAAAUGCUGGGACCGUCAGUAGGCCUGAUCCUGUGACCAAGCUGGACCACACCUUACCAUUAACCGCUGAUGAAGAGUUCAUGAUCAAGAAGCUUGUCCCUUCCAUUUCACCAAACCAGAAGAGUUUAUUGCAAGACACAGGGUUUGUGGAGCAAAAUACAUUUGGUGCACCAGCUCCAAAUGAUGUAAUACACAUGGUGUGUCACAGCAGCGUCGAAACUGCUAUUGAGCAUCAUGUGGCACAAACCAAUCAAGAUUCGGAAUCUGGAAAAACAAUAGAGCUGACUGGAGAUGAGGUUUCAUCCGCUCCACAACCAUCCACAGCCUCAGCCUCUGAAACUCCGACUUCAAAAUCUACUUGCUCUCAGAAUGCAACUCCUACUUCAAAUCUCUUUGAAAACCUUGUCACCAAGGAAAUAGAUGUGACAACUACGACUGCCUGCCCUAUGGUUGCAACACUGGAACCUUCUGAACCCGAACCAGCAAAAACAAACCCCUCUCCAGACCGGGAAGAAGCAGUGGCAUCGGUAAAGGAAACUUUAGAUGUCAAUUCCUGCAGGCAAAGAGCAGAGGCACUGGAGGGACUGCUAGAGCUGUCUGCUGACUUGCUUCAGCAGAAUCGACUAGAAGAACUCAUGGUCGUCCUGAAACCUUUCGGAAGGGAGAAGGUGUCCCCGAGGGAUACAGCGAUCUGGCUGGCUAAAAGUCUCAAAGGGAUGAUGCUGGAAGAGGGCGGACGCAAUCUGUAAAUGCCGGUAUAUCUAUUCUUUCCUUUCCUGCUCCUUAGUUGAGGUUUACAGUAUAUAGUUGGAGCAUUUCUCAAUUGGUUCUUCAUUUAUUAUUAUUGUCAGUGCAAUGCAUAUUGUAUAUAAUGUUACAACUCAAUAUCUUUUUUGCCUUAUCCUUGCAAAUGCUAUGUAAAAACAUGAUGCUUAAUCGAUCUGUGUGAGAUUCUUGGGA